UAUUGUUGUUGUGGUGUAACAAGAAGAUGGGAGAGAGAAAGGGGAUCAUGUUGAUAACUCUGUUUCUCAACUUCAUUACUUUCUCUGCUUCCAAGCUUGAUGUUACCCAUUUCCCUCCCUCCUUCCUCUUUGGGACAGCUACCUCAUCUUAUCAGAUUGAAGGUGCAUACUUAGAAGAUAACAAAAGUUUAAGCAAUUGGGAUGUGUUCACUCACUUACAAGGAAAAAUUGAAGAUGGGAGUAAUGGAGAUAUUGCUUGUGACCAUUAUCACAAGUAUGAGGAAGAUAUUGAGAUGAUGCAUUCCCUUGGAGUGAAUGCAUAUAGAUUCUCAAUUUCAUGGUCAAGGGUUCUACCAAGAGGCAGAUUUGGAGGAAUUAAUCCUUUGGGGAUUGAAUUCUAUAAUAAACUCAUUAAUCAACUCUUGGUGAAAGGAAUACAACCAUUUGUGACAUUAAAUCAUUUUGAUGUUCCCAAAGAACUUGAAGAUCAAUAUGGAGCAUGGUUGAAUGCCGAAAUUCAAGAAGAUUUUGGAUAUUUUGCUGAGGUGUGUUUUGAAGCCUUUGGUGAUAGAGUGAAAUAUUGGGUUACUUUGAAUGAACCAAAUGAAGUGGCAAAGAAAGGAUAUGAAACAGGAGAAUACCCUCCUGGCCUUCAUUCUCAACCAUAUGUUGCUGCUCAUAACUUGAUUUUAUCACACGCUACUGCUCUUCACAUUUAUAAAACAAAAUAUCAGGAAAAACAAGGAGGGUCCAUUGGGAUAGUUUUGUCUAUGCUUUGGUAUGAGCCUUUAAAAGAUACUGUUGAAGAUAAUUCAUUAAUUCAGUCAACUUUUGAUUUUGAAAUUGGAUGGUUCCUUGAUCCUUCGAUUUAUGGUGACUAUCCAAAUGAAAUGAAAAAGUAUUUAGGUCCAAAAUUACCAACAUUCUCAACAAAAGAAAAGGAAAAAUUGCAAAAUGGAUUGGAUUUUAUUGGAAUUAACCACUAUGAAAGUCUUUAUGUGGGACGUUGUGGUGUUUCUUAUUGCAAAGUGGCAGAAAGAGAUGGAAUUCCGAUUGGGAAAAAGACACCGAUGCCCGGCUCUUAUGCAGUUCCGGAAGGUAUGGAAAAGAUUGUCACCUAUAUAUCAAAAACAUACAACAAUACACCGAUAUUUAUAACAGAGAAUGGGCUUCCACAAAAGAGUGAUGAUUCUACCUCCAAAGAAGAAUUGCUUGAUGAUACGGAUAGAAUUAAUUAUUUGGAUAGUUACUUAACUUUUCUAGCACGAGCCAUGAGGAAAGGUGCUGAUGUGAGAGGUUAUUUUGUGUGGUCUUUUAUUGACAACUUUGAGUGGACAUAUGGAUACACUCUUAGAUUUGGGCUCUACCAUGUGGACUAUAAAACACAGAAGAGAACUCCAAAAUCAUCUGCCAAAUGGUUCAAGGAUUUCCACAAUGUUCCAAGAUUACAACAAGGAAGAGAAGAUGAGAAAUCAAAAGCCAUUUGAUUUCUUUUUUAAAUAAAUAAAACAGAGGAUUCAAUUCUCUUAUUGGCUUUCUUUCUAUGUUAGAUAGCUUGUUCUUGCUGAAAAUAUAUGGGAAUGAGGCCUGAAAAUAAUAUUUGGUGAUAUUGAACUUCAGGGGAAGAUAGCUGUUAGUCUGAAUCCAAGUAUUAGAUUUUAGAAGUGAAUGACUGUCUUAAAAUUUAUUCUAUACACCUUGUUAAUUGACACCCAUUUUCUUAUUUUCGUACUAUGGAUAUGUAUGUUGUUUGUAUUC